AUGACAGCAAGGGCUACGGCCCUUCUUCUUACUCUCCCCUCGGUCGUAAACAUCACCCUCCCAGAGGGCAUACCUCAUUCAGCGGCUUUGCCCAUCACCCCUGGCCUCGAGUAUCUCCUCGGGCCAGACGUUCCUCACAUCAACGACCCGAGCAUAGUUCUCACCCCUGAAACCAACCUCUACAACUCCACCACGUUGCCCAAGGGGAACUCUUGGAUCAAGGGGAUGCUCCAGCGUCUUGGCCUUGGCGACUUUUCCUCUACCAAGCCCGCCAACAAUAGCAAUACAACACAACUCGGCCAGUCGGGAAAGAAGCACUCCAAGAGAGGUGUUCCGAAAUGGCAGGAAUUGUAUGAGGAUUGGCAGAACCUUGUCAUCCCUAAACUCGUCCCGGACUCAAACGACAACUGGCCGGCUGAGAUCACCCUCAUCAACGCCACCCCUUACCGCUGGCGCAAGGGUUACUCGCACUCGUGGAAUAUGAUCUCUUGGGACCUCAACUGGCCCAAGUACAUAGACCCCGGCCAGACCGUCCGCGUCACCAGCUCUGUCGAAAGCUGGGCUCCUUGGGAUGCCGCUGGCGAGGUCGUCUACCACGUCGAGGGUGUCUCCAAGCCUGCAUCCUUUGAGAUCAGGCGACGACCCCCUGUGAAAAAGGACCACGUCUUCGGGGGUGAUCUCCCCAAGGAACUCACAGUGCGUUACCUGGAGAACUUUGAGACAUUCAAUACUCCAAAGCACUCGAUCAAGAAGAUUGCGUGGUCCGACUUUCCCUCAAGCUGCCAUUGGGUCCUCGCUGGAAAGGAGGGUGACUUUCUCGCCGUCGACGACAUCGGCCCAGGCUGGAUGUCGGAGAAGAUAGACCAGAUCGGGCAGAUCCCUCUUCGUGAGCUCUCCAUUCCUCGGUCUCAUCAUGCCGGCAUGUACAAGAUGAACCAGCUUUUUGGCAUGGGUACCCUGUUCAACACUCUCACCCAGUAUAGGGACUUGACCUUUCAGCUGAAAGAGGGCGGUGUCCGGGUCAUUGAUAUUCGUCCUUUUCUCAACUACGGCAAGAAUGGCUACGAAACAUGGGAGUCUCAUGGUUCAAUCUUUGCCGGUUCGUGGCACGGCGGACUUGGUGUGACGCUUCAGGAUAUGAUCAAGCAGGUCAACGCCUUUAACGAAAAGUACCCAGGAGAACUCAUCAUCUGGGACAUCCACCCCAAUCAGGCUCUUGUCCGUCGACCUGAUGGCAAGGUUGAGCAAAUGAGCGAGGGUGACCGUGCUAUCAUGUACAAGGAGUUCAGGAGGCUCAAGCAUCGCGUUGAAGUCCCUGACCAUGGAGACCUCACCCAGUGGCCCCUGGAGCAGUUUGUCGCCAACAAGACAUCAGGAGUCCUCAUCCGAACUCGCCGUGAGUGGAGGAACGACCAGUCAUUUCCUGGAGGCUCCGAGGGCUUCGUCACCGAGACCAACUUCCCCGUUUACCACAUCUGGGCCAACAGGGCGGAAACCCCAGCACUCGCCGCGGUCACGAUCAAGGAUCUCAAGGAGCGCAAGACCAAGCGCACCUCAACCCUCUACUUUGCCGACUGGAUCCUCACCCAGCGGGGCUGGGACGUGGCUGUUGGCACUAAAUUCAUCGCCGAGAUGGCGCUCACAACCUACAAGGCCAUGUUCUACGAGCUCUGGGAAGCCCUGACGAUGGAGCGAUACCCCAACUGGAUCGCCACAGACGGCAUCCGCUCUAGCGAGGCCAAGUCUUUCGUCAUGACCCUCAACCACUGCUUUGCUGGCCAGAGGUGUGGCAAGAUCGAGCCGAGCAAGAAGCGCAGGAUUGCACCUGAUCAUGAACUGGGAUUCUAUCCCACCGUGGGAUGGGUGGACGAACUGGUGGAGCUUGAGAAGAUCGAAAAGGCAAAGGAACACGAAGUGUUGGGAAAGAAGAUGAAGAAGGGGAAGAAGAGGCAAUAA